AUGGCGUAUAACAGCAAAAUGUCACUCACCACCCUCGUGGUCACCCUCCUCUCCCUCUUAUUCGCAAAACCCACCACCGCAGCCAACCAAACCGCCAAAUUCCUCUCCAUGCGCAACAACAACAUCACCAGCUGGAACCAAACCACCGACUUCUCCCUCCUCCGAUCCUCCCACGCCCGCCACCUCAUCCACGGCGACCGCGGCGACACCGGCUUCCACUACUGCUACACGCACCACUUCCACAACCCCAAAAAGCACCCCACCCGCAUCGACACCCUAAACAUCGACCACAUCAGCGGCAAAAUCUCCAAAAUCUACAAAGGCACCACCCUCGGCUUCGAAUUCAAAAUCACGCCUUCCGAAGACAUUCUCGAAGGCACCCAACUCUGGCCCGACUUCAAACCCUGGGUCAUGGAUUCUUCGGAUUUCGACAAACCCCCCACGGGAGCUUCGGCGGAUGCGAUUGACGUGUGUUCGCUCGUCGAUUGUCCGGUCCCCGCUGGCCAGCAGAUGCAUUUCACCGCGAAAGUCUUGAUUCCGAAUAGCAUUCGGACGACGACCGGCAGGAUGAUUUUUGGGAGUAAGUUGCGAUUUCAACUGGUGGCGCCCGUGACGGAUGUGCAGGAUGGGCAUGAUCGGUAUCCGUUUGAUGUGCUGCAGUGUGUUACGCAUCAUAUGAAGGUGGAUGAUAUGAGGGUUGAGACGCCUUGUGAGGUUUUUUGCGCGUGAGAGUUUACCAUUCGAAUGGCAAUGUCAAUAGACGAGAGGAUGGGAAUUGGAGAAUGUGGAGUUUUACGGCGUUUGGCUAUUUGAGUGCGAAUCAAAAAUUGAAAAG